AUGCCACGAUUAUGUCCAUUAUGCGGACCAAAAUUAUCUGCUUUUUGUAUGAUUAUGUCGGUAUGGGGCGUGAUAUUUCUCGGUCUUCUUGGCGUAUUUUUUUAUGUUCAAGCUGUUACAUUAUUUCCUGACCUUAAAUUCGAUGAAGAACACGAGGUUUUGUCUAUUCCGGAAAUUGAAGAUAAAUAUUCGGAGAAAGCGACACAAUGCUGGGUGGCUGCGGGAAUGUAUUUAGUUACAUUAAUUGUUGUAUUUUGGCAAAAUAAAUUUAAUUCAAGUGUGGUCUUUUAA